GACAGACACAUUGAUUGAUUUUGGGUAUUCAAUUUUGUAACAGUCAUGUUUCUGACAAGAAGUGAAUAUGAUAGAGGAGUGAAUACGUUUUCACCAGAAGGAAGACUUUUCCAAGUGGAAUAUGCAAUGGAAGCAAUCAAGCUUGGUUCUACGGCGGUUGGUAUACAAACGGCCGAAGGUGUAGUACUCGCGGUGGAGAAACGUCUUUCUUCUCCACUUCUAGAACCUAAUAGCGUGGAAAAGCUUGUAGAAAUCGACGAACACGUGGGUUGUGCUAUGAGCGGCCUCGUUGCGGAUGCGAGAACUAUGAUAGAGCACGCCAGAGUAGAAGCCCAAAAUCAUAGGUUUACUUUUGAUGAAGCUAUGCCAGUAGAAAGCUUGACUCAGGCAACUUGCGACCUGGCACUUCGUUUUGGAGAAGGUGUUGAAGACGAUGAAGAUAAAGAAGAGGAAAUGAUGAGUCGUCCCUUCGGAGUCUCUCUUCUUAUAGCAGGAGUGGAUAAUAAGGGUCCUGCUCUCUUUUAUACGGAUCCGUCAGGAACAUACAUUCGAUGGCUUGCAAAAGCUAUUGGUGCCGGAGCAGAAGGAGCCCAAAGUGCGUUACAGGAGGCGUAUUACAAAAGCAUGACUUUGAAAGAAGCAGAGACUCUGGCUCUUCGUACAUUGAGAGAAGUAAUGGAAGAGAAAGUGGAAAGUAAUAAUGUCGAAGUCGCCGCUGUAAGAACAGAUACGAAGAAAUUUGUGAUCUAUACCGAAGCACAAGUAAAAGAAUGUCUUUCAAGGCUCGAAAACAGAGACUCCUAGUAGGUUCAAAAUCGUUGUCUUGUUUUAAAAUAAAAAUCCAACAGAAAAGGUUGAUAAUGAGAAAACAGAUUUCAUCAUUUUGUGUUCCGAAACUACCCAAAAUAUCCUUGUAAAAGCUUUAAACGCUUUCUGUCGAAAGGGAACUCGGCCCUCCCGCCGGUAGCCCGCCUUUUAAGAAUCCUUUGGUCAGGGAACGACGAAAUUAACGAUUGAUGCUU